AUGCCUCCCAUACCCCUUCCUCAUACCCCGCAGAUAGUAAUUUACUACCAAACACAGCACAACCCUGAUGGCACUCCUUGCUCAAUCCUGCCAAUUAUAACCCAGCCCAAUAUUGCGGUGACACACGUCAACCUCGCCGCGAUCCAUCUCAAUGAUCCUCCAGGAAAUAUACACUUGAAUGACCAUGUUCCCUCUGACCCAAGAUAUCACACGCUAUGGGCUGAGCUUCGAAUCCUCCAAGCAUCCGGCAUCAAAGUCCUGGGAAUGCUAGGUGGGGCGGCCAAAGGCUCGUUCACACGACUCGAUCUCGACGAUGCAACGUUCGAAGCAUACUACAUCCCCCUGCAAAAUUUGAUACGAGAGAGAGGACUCGAUGGCCUGGAUCUUGACGUCGAGGAGCCAAUGACGCUCGCGGGCAUAAUACGGUUGAUUGAUAGACUAAAGACAGAUUUCGGAGAGACAUUUCUCAUCACACUUGCUCCCGUAGCAGCGGCAUUGAUGUCCGACAAACCUGAGCAUAAUCUGAGCGGGUUCAGUUACGAAGCGUUAGAGGUCAUGAGAGGGAAGCAGAUUGCUUGGUACAACACCCAGUUUUACUGUGGGUGGGGAGAUCUCAGCAAGACAGAUGGAUACGACUUCAUGGUCACAAGAGGAUACCCCGCGGAUAAGAUUGUGAUAGGGAUGGUUACCAAUCCUGGGAACGGAAGUGGGUGGGUACCGUUCGAGAUAUUACAAGAAGUCCUGAUCACUUUGAAGAUCAGAUAUCCCGGAUUUGGAGGGGUGAUGGGGUGGGAAUAUUUCAAUUCACUGCCAGGAGAUAGGGACAAGCCAUGGGAGUGGGCUGCUUUCAUGACACGGAAUGUCAGGAAUGGCUUGCCAGCCGUUGCGCAGGAUUUACCGAUCGCCAAGGCGUCGGACGAGAAACCGAUCCAAUUCUUAGUAGUAGAUGAAGAUCCAAGGUCGCCUCAAGACGCUCCUGUACCCAAAAGCUUCGAGUAUUACUCAGAUGGCAGUGUCGAGGAAUGA